AUGUCUUCAAGAACAUUGAGGAGAAGGCUCCAUCAUGGGGAUGUUGAUGGUAAAAGGAAGGAUCAUUUGGAUACUUCUGAGUUGGAUUCUUUGAAUGAGCCCUUGUUGGGGGGUGAUGAUUAUACUGAGAACAAGAAGAUAUGUACACUUGAAGAUUUGUGGGAUGAUGAGAGAAAGAAGGCGCAAAUUCAUUGGACGUUCUUGUUUUCGAACCUUAUUGCGCAAUGGGCACAGUGGUUAGCGAAUGUUGUAAUAGGAUCUGGGACUCUUCUUGGUCGUCUUUUAUCUCUUCCUUCUAACACUCUUUACUUGCAAAAUAAUAGAAUGCUGCCUCCACCUCUUAGCCCUGUGCAGGAAGAAAGACUAAGAAACUUACGGCAACGGCUUGAAGUCCCUUUUGAUGGUUCUAAAACAGAGCACCAAGAAGCUCUUUUACUAUUGUGGAGAUUGGCUUAUCCUGACAGGGAGCUUCCUUCACUUAAAUCAGAUCUUUGGAAGGAAAUGGGAUGGCAAGGUUCAGACCCAUCAACAGAUUUUAGGGGUGGAGGAUUUAUAUCAUUAGAGAAUCUUAUCUUUUUUGCGCAGAAGUAUCCAGCUUCAUUCCAGCGAUUAUUGCUUAAACAAGAUGGAGUCAGAGCAGAAUGGGAAUAUCCAUUUGCAGUAGCUGGAAUCAAUAUUUCAUUUAUGUUGGUGCAGAUGCUGGAUCUUCAAUCAGUUCAUCCAUCUUCUUUGUCAGGAAUCUAUUUUCUACGGCUGUUUGAGGAGGACGAAAUGGCAUUUGAUAUCCUUUUCUGCAUUGCAUUUCAAAUGAUGGAUGCUCAGUGGCUAGCAAAGCGUGCUACAUAUAUGGAAUUUAACGAGGUUUUGAAAUCAACAAGAGCGCAGUUAGAGCGGGAGCUUGCUCUUGAAGACAUCUCCAGUAUAAAAGAUUUACCUGCUCACAAUAUGUUGUGA